UUAAUGUUUUCAGGUAACAUUUAAAAAGCAGAGAUGCCUCAGAAACAGAGGUCUAAGUCCUGGACGGAGCUGAAACAAGCUGGAAAUGAAAGUUUCAAGACGGGCCAGUAUGGAGAGGCCAUCAAUAUCUACAGCCUGGCCAUCAAAGAGCUGGAGAAGUGCAAUAAGAAGGAGCCAGAGGAUUUGGGCAUUUUGUACUCAAACCGUGCAGCCAGCUAUCUAAAAGAUGGCAACUGUGCUGAAUGUGUGAAAGACUGCAAUAUGUAA